CGGGCUGUGUCCUCUCAGUUUAUCGGUCAUGUUUUUUUCGCUCCAAGGAGGGCAUCGUCUUUUGUGUACAUCUCACUUCCGUGUUUCCCUAUCCUCACGAAAGGGUCUAGCUUUUUGCUCAAGUACGCAAACGAUCGAGUGUUCCUUCCAAGAUGGCUAUGGUGAAGAGUGGUUGGCUCCAUCGACAAAGUACCAUACUGCGUAGGUGGAAAAGAAACUGGUUUGAUUUGUGGGCUGAUGGCCGACUUGUUUUCUAUAAUGAUCAACAACGCCGUGACAUGGAGGAUGAUAUUCACAUGAGGGUCGACAGCAUUAACAUCCGCGGCUCUGCUGCAUGUCAAGAGCUGAACCCACCAGAGGGGAAGACGCGCGAUGCCUUGCUCCAGAUAGUGUGCAGAGAUGGACGGGUCAUCAGUCUGUGUGCAGACAGUGCAGAUGAUGCUCUGGCUUGGACCAUGGCACUUCAGGAUGCCAGAAUUAAUGCAGUGGUUGCUGCUCCUCAGAUCAGCUUUGCACAGGAAGUGAUGGCAUCUGCUCCACCCCCUUACUCAGAAUAUGCUCCCCCACCUCAGGCUUAUGCUCCAGGCCCAUAUGGAGACUAUGCUGCACCUCCUCCACAUGCUACUCAGAUUGUGUACUCUGCUGACAGGCAGCCCUACGCUGUUGCUUAUCCGUAUCAGUACCAAGGUGGGUACCCUGCCGCUGGAGUGAACCGUGUUAUUAUUCGGGAGCGCCGGCACGAUGAUGGGGGAGAUGUAGCUUUGGGCAUGCUCGCUGGAGCUGCGACUGGUUUGGCACUCGGCUCUCUCUUCUCCGUCUUUUAGUGUCUUGAUUAACGUACACCUAGUAGCACAUCGUUCCCCCUUGUUUUCACAGCAUUUGGCUUCUACUUUGUGCCAUCACAUGAGUUGGAGUGAAAUAUGUCUGUUGGGCUACUUCCAUCGAUGAAGCAUGAUUGUGAUGGGCAGACAAAUUACUCUUUAUAUGCCCUAUAUAUACAUUAAAUACUGUUAGCACUUUCUCA